AUGAAAGAAGAAAAAAUAACGAAAAUUGCAUUUUUGCUUAUGGUGGCGCAGAUUUCUUUAGCCGUGGAAUUCGAAACAUUCGCAGCGUUCUCUAACCACAAACAAGGAAAAAGCAGAAAUGACGAGAAGACAGUCAACUGUUGUCCAAUUAUUGGCGUGCUCGCUCAAGAAACGGAUGGAAAUGUGACGAAAUUCGGAAGUCAAUUAAUUGCAGCCACUUACGCCAAGUUUAUCGAGUCUGCAGGAGGGAGAAUGGUGCCUAUUUUCAUUAACUCCACUGCUAAAGAAAUUGAAAAAUUAUUUUAUUCAAUUAAUGGUGCCAUAUAUCCCGGAGGUCAUAGGUUAUUACACCACACAAACUACACACGAGUAGGGAAACAGAUAUUAGAGCUGGCAAUGAAGGCUUAUGAUAAAGGCGAUAUCUUUCCGAUCUGGGGAGAAUGUCUGGGCUUAGAGUUGCUUUCAAUGCUGGUUGCUGGGAGAGAUUUACGAGUGGGGCAACUGGACCACGAAUUUUUCAGCGAAGUCGAUGCAAAAAAUGUCAGCCUGAAAUUAAUUCUUCCAAGAAAUUAUAAAACGACUUCUCUAUGGAAAUUUGCUCCAAGACACGUUGUGAAAUUCUUACAGAAUAACAAUGCAGCAUACAACAAUCACAGGAAGGCCAUCACACUACAGAAUUAUGGCAAGUACAGACGUCUAAAUGCUUUUUUCAGAAUCGUUUCAACCAGCAAAGAUCGCAACGGGGUUGAAUUUAUUUCAACUAUGGAAGGUAAGCGUUAUCCCGUCUACCUUUUCCACUGGCACCCGGCUAAAUCCCAGUUUGAAUGGCGCAGAGAUCUGGACAUUAAUCACUCGCUGGCCGAUGUUCUUUCAGGCCAGUAUUUUGCAAAUUUCCUAAUUCAAAAAGCGCGCUUCAACACUCAUCGAUUCUCCAGAGCAGAGGAAGAGAGGGCUUCUUUAAUUUAUAACUACAAACCAACUGCUGUACAAGACUACUUGCCUUUUAUACAAGCUUACUUUUUUUAAGGUCACUCAACGACGACCUGUAGAAAUCCUGUAUAGAAAAGAUCACUUAAACGAACAACAGGCGAGUAAACCGAACGGCGGUAAAGGUUUUCACGAUCGCCAAUGGAAAUUACCGCCAACAAAACCUUUUUCUAUCUCUGUAUUUUCCACACUAGUGAAACAAUACUAACAACAUACAGGGAAUGUGAAUUUA